AGUACACAAAAUCUUAAGAAGUCAACUGAACUCCGCCAUAAGCGGAGAAGCCCCAACAUAGGAUUCUAAAUUGAGCCCAGAAAACACUUCCAAUAGCAAGACAACACGUGGAGUAACUGACGAAAUACCCGGCCCAAGUGGAUCCCACCCACAAAAGCUUUUGGCGGGUCUUUCACAACAAACAAAUUCAAAUAAGCAGUCUUUUAGCCAAUCCCUAGGUCACCCCCGCCCAAAAAAUCUUUCCCUCCAAUCCAUCAGUGGUUCCUUCUCCAUUUGCUAGGGUUUAUGCUUCUCUCUCUUCAGGUUAAUAUGGAAUGAAAUCUGGGUCAAAUUUAAUCUUAAAUUGGAUACAUUAGUUUGGGAGUUAGUGAACCUUGAGGGUAAAGGUGAUCCCUAAACCUAAUUUCCUGCCAAGUGAGAAAACAGAAAUAGUAUUAUGGGGAAAGUAUCUCCUAAAGAUGGGCAAUCCAACACUCUGAAACAGAAAAGGUGGUCGAAGAGUACAAAGAGCAAGUAUCUGAGACCAGGUGCUCUUGCACAACUUCGGAAUACCAAGGUUUCUGCUGCUAAAUGUUGUGCUGAUCUUUGGAAGAGAAGAGUGGUCGUAACGGAUACAGAUGAUGCUAAUAAGGAAGAUCUGUUUCUAAAUGAUGUUAAUGAUGAGAGUCCCAUAUUUCUAUCUCCCGUGAGAUCUCAUUUGGGGGAAGUGGCUUCACACAUGGAUUUAGCCAAGCAGAAUUAUUUGCUAAUGACUCCAAAGACACCCGGAGCUGUAGAAGGCAUGUUGGAGUCAAGGCUUGAGUCACUACCAUUGGAUUUAUUGGUUAACAUACUUUGCCACCUGCAACAUGACCAACUUAAAGCAGUUUUCCAUGUCUCUCAGAAGACCAGGAAGGCAGUAACUUUGGCAAGACAAUUCCAUUUCAAUUAUACGACUCCAGAUAGAAGGCGACAAGAUAUGUUAGGAACCAUGACUCCUCUCCCCACUGAUCACUGUCCUUUUGCAAGCAAAGGGGAUGGGAAAGGUGCAUGGGUUCACAGCCCUGUUACUCCUCAGGCUCCUAAGCAUGGUCCCAAGCCCCCAUCUCGCCUCAAGUUUAUAGAGAUGGAGCAAAUUGCAGCUGUUCUUUUCCAGGAAUCUGCAUUUCCUUCAAGGCAUUUGGUGCCAUCUGUUAUACCAAAACCCCUUUGUAAGCCCUUGGGUUCUAAUAGAGUCCUAUUUUACGAGGAUGAAUUAUGCCAGGCUGUUUCUCAGAAUAAACUUCGUUAGCUUCUGUUUUAGUUUCUCAUCUCCUAAUGUGUAUAGUAGGAAUCUUGGUAGUACUACAGCCAUGAUGGAGUUCUGUAACAUUAUCAAGGCAUUCGUGGAAGUUGUGGUGUUUGAAGAUUGUGAUGCGAAUAAUACAUUGAUAUUGGUCGUGUAUAGUCCUAUAUAGUUUCCUUGUAUUGGGUUUUGGAGUGGCAGUGAUUGUUGCUUUUAUCUGUAGCAGUUAAAUGAAAAGAAUAUAUGCAAUGUUUUAGUGCAGUUGAUUGUGAGAAUGAAGCUGAUACUUUUUACAAAACUUU